AUGCGAACCCCUGAUCCGCCCGACCGCGAUGAACGCGAGGAUUCGCCACCGCGACUGUCGAGACCGAAGCGCACCACCAAACCACCGAAAAACUAUGCUCGAGAGCAAGAGAUCGACAACGAGCAGAGGAAGACGCGACCGCUACCAAAGAAGAGAAUCGAACCCGAAAACCAGCCUGACGUGGCAACUUCGGACGACUCCGCGACCGAGAGCGACGACCUCGAUGUCAGCAAUCUGCUGCAAGAGAUCGCCAAACUCAGGAGGGAGAUCAGACUCCGCGAUGAGAUACAUAAGGAAGAACUACUAAAAGCCCAAGCAGAGGUUGGUGCCGCUCUCGCCGAGGUCCGACACGAGCUACAGAACCUGACUGGUGGACCCUUGACACCGCAAUGCCACUCCGAGGCAUGCUCUCAGAACAACCAUGAUGCGAUUCUCCGCGAGAUUCAAUCCUUACGCGAAGAAAUCAGCGUCCCCGCUCCCACGAGUGCCCCAUCCUAUGUAGAUGUCGCGCGCACUCCUCCAACCAGUUACCCAAGUAACAUACGGACACUGUCAACGCUAGGCACGACACCGACCACCUUUACCGAAACUUUGUACUGUACGAUAGACACCUCGAAGAUGACCGAAAAUGAAAAUAAAAAGAUAUCCGCGGGCUCAAUCAGGGCCGCAAUCGAGAAAGAGAUCCGAACGAUGGAUGAUCACACCCACUAG